AUGCAUGUGUUUAGUACCAACAUUCGGCAUGAUGCAAGCCCAACAGAGGCGCUACAAUAUUUCGGUCAUGUUUCCUUGCUCGCACCUUCGCUUCUCUGCUCAUGCCAUACGUCCAAUGUCAACAUAGAUGCAUCACGGUCAUGUGCUCAUCAGACAUGCAGGCAUGCAUCCUUACUCCUUCAACUCAUGUAUCCCUACCUCAACAAGAAGCGAGAGGAAUAUCAAAAAGCUCUGAAUGACUCCAUAGAGAUUGAUUUUGAAUUAGAAACAUCUCUGUUAGCUUCUGAUCCUAGUAACACUCCUCCUGUCGAGAAGGAAAGAAAACGAAAGACUCCAGAAAAGGCAUCUCAGAAAAAGAAGUAUUCAAAAAUUAAGGUGUCCCCUCGUGUGAACGUGGUUGUGCCAAGCAAUGGAAAGAAAAAGCCUACUUUAAACUUGAAGACUGUAAAGUCAAACUCUCCAAAAAAGAGACUGACAUCAGAAACGAGUGAAGGUCCACUCCAAUGCGACAAUAAGGAAAAUAAGGUUAGCGAGCAUACCAGCAGCGCUACUUCCUCAAAACGACCUGUCUUUGUUGUCCCUCCAUCAAAGAAGCAUGCUCAGCAAAACAUACCUGUAUCUGCUGAAAGAGGUGCUUCUCGAAACGCUCCUUUCAACAAUACUAACAAUGGUAUAAAAGCUUCCAUCCCCACCACCACCGUCGUUCAGGCUGUCACUCACGUACCACCCCUCCACUCUGGAACUGUGAAUCUGAUUGCAGCCAAUCCUCUCCGAUUACAAGGUACAAGUACCUCUACGCCUUUCAAGAAAAAGUGA